AUGAAGUGCCCAGCCCCCGCACUGAAGGAGCUGUGGUUCAAGAUGGGCAGCAGCGCGGAGGCGAAUGGCGUCAUCACGCUCCACGACACGGAGCCGGAGGUGCACCGGAAGAUGUGCAGGGCCUUCUCUGGUGGGGGUGGCACGUUGGAGGACAUGCGUGGGAAGGGCGCCAACCGGCACGCAGAUGUGGUGUAUCAGUUCAUUCGGGUUUUCUGCCGGGCGACGAUAUUGACGCGGAGGUGGCAGCGAAGUAUGGCAGGGGUGGGCUGCACAGCGCCGCGGUCAAGGACCUUGCCGUGGAUGUCGUUGUACGGGCACGUCUUAUCUGAGUGGUAG